AUGCUCGCGUUGGGCCUGAAAGGUGAGGCGCUCUCGGUCGUUGGACGUCUGAGCCCAGAGGAGUUAGUGGACUACGAUGCCGUUAAAAGAGCUUUGAUGAGAAGGUUCAGAUUGACCGCGGACGAUUUCCGCGAAAAGUUCCGGAACGCCAAACCUGAAGGAGGAGAGACCGGGGCCCAAUAUGCAGCGCGUCUAGCCAGUCUCUUCGACCGCUGGGUUGAGCUCUCUGAGACGGCCAAGGAGUACAACUCUCUUCGGGAUCUGCUCCUAGCCGAGCAAUUCCUCAAGGGCUGCUCGCCAAAGCUGGCCCUCUUCAUCAGAGAGCGAACAACCAAAACACUGGCAGACAUGGCAGACUUGGCCGACCGAUACCUGGAGGCGCAAGGAACGCAGUCGCUUGGGAUGAAGGUGGAGGAAAAGAAGCCGACUCCCGAACGCCCACGGCCCGUCGACAAGAAAAGACAAACGGGCCAUGCGGCCAACUCCUGUCAAGAAGGAUCAAAAGGCCGUUCUCAAGCUUCCUGCUGUGUGGCUGCCGAGCCCACCAAGAAGAAAGAAGUGGUCGUCCAGGACGGAUACAUGGAACUCAAGAACGGUGACCGUCUCCCUGUGGUAAACUCCACGAUAGAGAAGGAGGAAACGAAUUUGACGAAUGGAGUACCCGUGCGAACCGGCAGGGCGGUCUACCUUGCUGAUGGCACCGUUAAGAUGCUGCCGGAGGCGAGGCUGCUGGUGCGGUCUCCAUUCUUCAGUGGGGAGGUGACGGCUCUCUGCAUGGAAAGUCCUCUGUAUGAUAUAAUACUAGGCAACAUUCCGGGCGUUCGAGCAGCAGCAGAUCCCGAUCCCGAAUGGGACGCUUUACCAGCAGCGGAAGAGAGCAGGCCCGAGACUGACGUACGGAAUGAAGAACCGACUGUGACCGCGGCGGUCGAAACAAGACUCCAAAAGAAGGCGGCUGAACACAAGACCACGGAGCCUACACCGUUGAGAGUAUCGGAGGUUCAGGAAGGAGCAGUUACACCAGAGACUUUGAAGAGUGAACAACAAAACGACUUGAGCCUGAGGACGUGUUUCCAAAACGUCGGGAAAACUAUGACGGGCAAGAAGCGGAAGCACUCCUGCGUCUUUGUGGUAAGAAAUGAAAUCCUGUUCCGGUCCUACAGAACGUCACCCGGAAGAGAAGUUCACCAGUUGGUGAUGCCUAAGAAGUUCAGGACCACCAUCCUUAAAAUGGCGCACGAUGGAAUUCUGGCAGGUCACCAGGGUGCUCAGAAGACAAUAAACCGAGUGCUCGAAGAAUUCUUCUGGCCUGGCAUCGGAGCAGACGUGAAGCGCUUCGUGAAGUCCUGCGACCGCUGCCAGCGCACGACGCCGAAAGGAAAGGUCGCCAAGAUGCCCCUGGGGAGUAUGCCGCUCAUCGAGACGCCCUUUCAACGCGUGGCCAUCGACAUCAUGGGCCCCAUUUCACCGACCACCAAGAGGGGAAACAAGUAUAUUUUAACGAUGGUCAAUUACGCGACGCGGUAUCCAGACGCUGUGGCGUUGCCCGAUAUCUCCACCGAGCGAGUAGCCGAGGCACUCGUGGAGAUGUUCACUAGAACUGGGGUUCCCCGAGAAGUGCUCAGUGACCGCGGUUCCAACUUUACGUCGGACGUCAUGAAAGAGGUGGGACGGCUGCUCUCCAUGAGACAGCUGUUCACGACGCCCUACCACCCAAUGGGGAACGGCCUCGUAGAGAAGUUCAAUGGAACGCUCAAGACCAUGCUGAAGCGGAUGUGUCAAGAAAAGCCAGCAGACUGGGAUCGCUACUUGGCACCGCUGCUGUUUGAUUACCGAGAAGUUCCUCAGGCCAGCCUGGGAUUUUCCCCUUUUGAGCUGCUCUACGGAAGGAACGUACGAGGUCCCCUCUCUGUACUUAAAGAAUUGUGGACGAAUGAGGCGCUGGAGGAGGAGACCAAGACAACGUAUGAGUAUGUCUUCGAGUUACGCAAUAAGCUCGAGGACACCUGUAAGAUUGCCCACGAGGAACUUGAGCGGGCCAGCGAACGCUACCGUCGUUGCUUCGAUCGGAAGGCCCGUCACAGUCGGACAGAAAGGCCCCCAGACUACAAAGUGGACUUGGGGCAUGGCAUCAAAGUAUUCCACGGCAACAUGCUUAAAAAGUAUGAAGAACGAGCACCUGACGAGGUUCCUGCGGCUUGUACGGUUGUCGCAUUGGAGGAGUCCGAAGGAGAGGGCGGUUUCCCCAUGCUGAGAUCGCAGAGCACCGAAACUGCGAGCGAUGUCGUGUUCGCACCUGGGCUCGCAUCGGAGUGCCGAAAAGAGGCCGAGGCCUUGGUUCAAGAGUACAGGGCCAUCUUCUCCGACGUUCCAGGACGAACCAACCUUAUCAAGUGUUACUUGAAGUUGGAAACGGACAAGCCGACAGACCACGAACCCCUCCAGUACAUCAAACAAACCCGGCACGCUAACGCUCGGGUAAUGCGUUGGAGUCUGAAGCUGCAAGAGAAUGAUUUUAAAGUUCAGUAUAUCAAGGGAAGUGAAAAUGUGGGGGCGGACUAUUUGAGUCGUAUGUAA